AUUUCCUUCAACCAAUAAAGAACGGUUUCUUCUUCCUCUUCCCACACCUUCUUCCUUCUCUCUCUCUCUCUCUCUCACACACACACACACACAUCAGUUACCACUUUCUCUCUCAUCUCUCCGCAACCGGAAAUUCCUUUUUCCUUUUCUCCCUAUCUCCCUGGUUCUCGAAUCAUAUUCCUAUUUCCUCUCUAUAUCUUUAUCUCACGCCAAAAUCUCCAAAUCAUAAAAUCGGUGCGUUUUUUCCUCCUAGAAAUCGAAAUUAACGAUGAGAAGAUGUGAGCUCUGCAAAGCGAAGGCGCGGAUGUACUGCGCCUCGGAUCGGGCGAGAUUGUGCUGGAACUGCGACGCCGCCGUGCACUCCGCCAACUUCCUCGUGGCGCGCCAUUCCAGGAGCCUUCUCUGCGACGUCUGCCAGUCUCCGACGCCGUGGACGGCCUCCGGCGGCAAGCUCGCCCCCACCGUCGCCGUCUGCGAACAAUGCGCCGGCCAAGAGCGCUGCGAAAACGGCGGCGGCGGAGAAUCGGAGGCGGAGGAGGAGCAGGAAGCUGAGGAAGAGGAGAAUCAGGUCGUUCCGUGGUCGUCGACGCCGCCGCCGCCGCCUGAGAGCUCCUCCAGCGGCGAUGAGUCGGUUGACGCCGAAGACGUCGUCGUUUCGCGUAAGCUGUUGCGAAUUGAGAUCGGAGCUGCGAGCCAUCUCGUCUAAAUAUCCGUGCUCCUCCGCCUUAUGCGGCGGUGGAAGCGGCGUCUAGAAGUAAACCGCCACCGCUUUAAACAGUUCGUACACCGGAUUCGGGUCGAGUUAAUGUGUUUGGAUCGGAGAUUUUGGAUUCGCUGCGGCGACUUCACCGGGAAGAAACUGGUUCAGGUCAGGAAAUGGCUGAAUUUUUCUGCGAUUAUUUGGGACCGUCGAUCUGAAUUUGUAGGCGUUGAUUUUAGCCGUUGAGAUUUGGAUUUACUGACAAAAAAUAGCUAAAUUAUUUAGAUUUGAGAUUUCGAUUGGGUUUGGAUUGUGAUUUGGGGUUAAUAUCAUGAUUAGGGUUAAUAUUUCCUUUUUCUUUUCAAAAUUAUAAGCUGAGAUUUUGAUUUUCGGAAUCCACUUUUAAUUUUGUAUAAUUAGUUCUUUGUAAUUUGAUGUUUGUGAAUCAUUGAAUAUACAAAUUUGUUCGUUAUUA